UAGGCUUAUAUCAUUUUUGUGAUUAAUGGGUGUAGAGAUUGUGGGAUCAAACAUGGCACAAGUAUCUGUUGACAAAGUAGCUGAAGUUGACCAAUCAUUUUUGCUUGAUAAGGAAAAUGGGAAACUGGACGAGGAUCCAGUUCAUAAUGAGACCAUUCCAGUUGUUCCCCGCUGCGAGGAGCCUAGUAAGGGAGACGGGAAUAAUGCAUCCAAUGACAAUUUCCCGACGGAUGCAGUUGACGAGUGGCCUGCAGCUAAGCAGGUCCACUCUUUUCAUUUUGUCAGGUAUCGCCUUUACGAAGACCCUAAGAUCAAAGCCAAAAUCGACGAGGCUGAUAAAGAGCUACAAAAGUGGAGUAAAACCAGGUUCAAGAUCACUGAUGAAUUAAAAGCUAAGAGGUCAGAUCGUGCUGAGUUACUUGCUCAAGUGAGAGCCCUGAAUGUUGAUUUUGAACAAUAUAAGGAGAUUUUAGACGAGAAAAAGAAGGAAAUAGAACCACUGCAGCAGGCCUUAGGCAAGCUUCGCACUAAUAGCUAUACCGGUCGUGGCAGUAUGUGUUCAUCUGAGGAAGAGCUCAACGAUGUUAUCCAUAGCUUGCAAUAUCGCAUUCAGCAUGAAAGUAUCCCAUUGGCCGAGGAGAAGCAACUCCUUAAAGAAAUCAAACGACUAGAGGGGACCAGGGAAGCGGUUAUCACUAAUGCAGCAAUGAGAGCAAAGAUUCAGGAUUCGAUGGGUCAGAAGGAAGUCAUUCAAGAUCAGGUUAAACUUAUUGGUGUUGAUUUGAGUGGAGUAAGGAAGGAGCAGUUUGCAGUUCAGUCCAAGAAAAAACAAAUUAAAGAUAAAUUGACUGCAACCGAAAAGAAACUUGAGUCUUUACAGGAGGAGCUGAAAGCUGUGACCCAGAAGAGGGACAAAGCUUAUCAAACCAUUCUGGAACUGAGGAAACAACAUGAUGAGGAAAAUGCUUACUUCUACCAGAGCCGUUCACUCAUAAACAAGGCCAAAAUUGUUGCUGCCAAGAAAGAUAUAAAGGCUCUUGAGGAGCUUGCAAAUGUUGAGGUUGAGAAGUUUAUGGAUCUCUGGAAUGGUAAUAAAGCCUUCAGGGAUGAUUAUGAGAGAAGAAUUCUGAAAUCCCUGGACACUCGACUAUUGAGCAGGGAUGGUCGGAUAAGGAAUCCUGAUGAGAAGCCAUUAGUUCUACCAGAGGUACCAGUACAUACGGGAACUGAAGCACUUCCAAAACCUGGUGCGAGACAACCAAAGGAAGAAGCCAAAUCCUCACCCCAACCAGGUACUAAACACCCGAAAAAGGGCCAGAAAGAUGCUGAGACCAAAGCAAUGGAGUCAAAAUCCUCUCCAGAGAAUGUUGUAGCUGACAAGAUCUCUGGAUCUUCAAACGAGGAAGUUGAUGCUGCAAAACAGAAAGAAAUGAAGAGAGAAGAGGAAAUUGCAAAAGCAAAGCAAGCUUUAGAAAGGAAGAAGAAGCAGGCUGAAAAAGCAGCUGCCAAAGCAGCUAUAAGAGCUCAAAAGGAAGCCGAAAAGAAGCUCAAGGAGCGUGAGAAGAAAGCAAAGAAGAAAGCAGCAGCAUCUACGACUGCUAUAAAUCCCGAGGAACCAACUGAACCCAUGGCUGAGGCUUCAGAAUCAGAGAAGGUUGAUGCUAGUGCUGAAGCACCUGUUCCUGCUCCUGUUUCAGUGAAGGAUAAAGCACAAAAGGGGAAUGCUAUUCGGUACAGAAAUCGAACUAAAGGACCUGAGGUGCUUCCAAGAGCCAUCCUGAGACGUAAGAAGUCAACCAACUACUGGACAUGGGCCGCACCUGCUGCACUAGUGGUGCUGAUACUUCUAGCAUUAGGUUACUAUUAUCUUGUCUGAAGAAGUUAACUUGAAUGGAACUGAGAGUUUUGGUUGAACAACAUGCUAAUAGCUAGGCCCAUAGCGCCCAUAGCUGCAAAAGUUCUUUGCAUCCAUUGAGGAUGGACUAAAAAAGUCAUAAUGUUGCUGGUUGUUCAGUUGCAAUGCUUACUGAGGCCAAAACUAAGCAAUUCUGGUUUA